AUGACGGGCUUCGUCGAGGCGGCCACCGUGCUGGGUUUAAUCUCGGCGAUCACUGGGAUCUGUGAAGCGGCCUACACGGUUUAUGAUGCGUACGGCGACGCUAAGGGACUUCCUAAUAAGUUCCGCACGGCCGCUGACCAAAUUCCCCUGGUGUGCCACACUCUUGUCCUCGCUGAGCACAACAUCAGACAAGGCAAUGUCGGCGAGCAGGCGCUGGAGACUGCGAUGCCUGUUCUAAAGCAAUGCAAGGACAGUGCUGCCAGUCUGAAGGAGCUCUUCGAUAAGACUCUGCCAACGAAUAACGCUUCUAGGACAGAGUGGUAUAAGAGCGCCUUGGCAAUCAAAGUCAAGAGCAACGAUGUGAAAACGCUCGUGGAGAAGGUUGUCAACAACCUGGAUCUUCUAGCGAAACACCAGAUCUUCCAAGACGGGGACACGCUGAAGGGCCUUGCAGAAGCGAUUAAAGAGUUGAAGAAUGCUUCGGAUGAGCAGGGACAGGCCCAGUUUACGCACUCGGGUGCGGGAUCAAUCAAUACUAAUACUGGUAGCGGCACACAGAGCAACUACUACAAUUCUGAAAGUGCAGCGAUGUACAAUGCGCAAACUCAGCAUUUUGUGUUUUCCCCUAUACACCCACGCGAUAAGGACUGUUUAAAAGACCUGCGCCUACUAGACCCGCGCGACGACAAGACACGGAUCCAAGACACAAAGGGCGGCCUCCUCCGAGACGCCUAUCGCUGGAUCCUAGAGAACAACAGCUUCCGGCAGUGGCGCAGCGGGCCCCAGGGUCGUGUUCUUUGGAUUCGGGGCGACCCUGGCAAGGGUAAGACGAUGCUCCUAUGCGGCAUCAUCGACGAACUCGAGCCCAGCACGUGCCUUUCUUAUUUCUUCUGUCAGGCCACGAAUGACCAGCUCAACCAUGCCACAGCCGUGCUGCGCGGACUCAUCUAUAUGCUCAUCCUGCAACGGCCCGCGCUCAUCUCCCAUGUCCGCAAGAAGUACGACGACGCGGGGAAACGGCUGUUUGAAGAAAUCAAUGCUUGGCAAGCUUUAUGCAAGAUCCUCACAGAUAUGCUAGCCGACGAACAGGCAGUAAAUGCAAUUCUGCUUGUCGAUGCCCUCGAUGAAUGUACCUUAGGGCUGCCGGAGUUGCUUCAGUUAAUCUGCAAGCCCUCCAGCGCCAAGUGGGUCGUCUCGAGCCGAAACUGGCCAGACAUCGAGCGCAAGUUUACCGGCGUAGAGCAAAACGCCCAACUACACCUGGAGCUGAACCAGCGCGCUAUCUCUGAUGCCGUGGCAGUUUACAUCCGUCACAGAGUGGAGCAGCUAGCACGAGAAAAGAAGUACGAUAAUAAGACAGAAGACGCUAUCUCGCAACACUUGACUGCCAAUGCCGACGGCACUUUUCUCUGGGUUGCCUUGGUGUGUCAAGUGCUUGCCGACCUAAAGGUUCAGAGACGGAAGGCGCUCAAGAUAGUAAAGUCUUUUCCUAGAGGUCUUUCGUCACUUUAUAGCCGUAUGAUCGCGGUUAUUAAUAACUCUGACGACGUUGACGACAGAAACAUCUAUAAAGACAUUCUCGCCAUCGCCUCGACCGUGUACCGGCCUAUCGCUUUAACGGAAUUACACGUUCUUUGUGCAUCACUGGAAGGCUGCAGCAUAGAAGAUAUACACGAGAUCGUCCAACUCUGUGGCUCUUUCCUGACGGUUCGCGAGGGAGUCUUAUAUUUUAUACACCAAUCGGCAAAAGACUAUCUUAUUAACGAAGCGGCACACUACAUCUUUCCAUCCGGCAUCCCAGACCGGCACGCUACUAUCGCGUCACGUUCGCUCACAGCCCUGUCACGCAGCUUAAAGCGAGAUAUAUACGGCCUUAAUAACCCGGGCUGUUUUAUAAACGAGGUCGUGCGGCCCGAUUGCGACCCGCUGGCUCCGAUUCGCUAUGCUUGUCUCUUUUGGGUGGACCAUUUAGAGAAGACGGACGGGACCGAUGUCGAUCUACAGGAUGGUGGACAGGUGCAUAGAUUCUUACAAAAGAAGUUUCUAUACUGGCUCGAGGCGCUUAGUCUCCUUGAAAGCAUCUCGGACGGGGUCAUCGCGAUAAGAAAGCUAGGACACCUGGUACUUAAAAAGGGACAAGUAUUAAGUGGCCUUCUUUACGAUAUACGACGAUUUAUUUUGUCUUAUAGGUAUAUUAUCGACAUUGCCCCACUUCAAACAUAUGCGUCGGCGCUCUUAUUCAGCCCAGAGCAAAGCAAAGUCCGAGAUCUAUUUAGAGUAGAAAAUCUUAUCGGAGCUCACAUCGUGCCUACUCUGAGCGUAGACUGGAGCGCAUGCCUUCAAACGCUCGAGGGCCACAACGAUAAGGUUACGUCAGUUGUCUUUUCGCCGGACGGCACACAACUCGCCUCGAGCUCAAACGACAAGACUAUCAGGCUCUGGGACACGGCGUCGGGUGAGUGUAUACAAACGCUCGAGGGCCACAGCCAUUCGGUCACGUCAGUUAUCUUUUCGCCGGACGGGAUACAACUCGCCUCGAGCUCAAGUGACAAGACUAUUAGGCUCUGGGGUACGACAUCGGGAGACUGUAUACAGACGCUCGAGGGCCACAACGGUUCGAUUCUAUCAGUUAUCUUUUCGCCGGAUGGGACACAACUCGCCUCGGGCUCAUACGAUACCACUGUUAGGCUCUGGGGUACGACAUCGGGAGACUGUAUACAGACGCUCGAGGGCCACAACGGUUGGGUUACGUCAGUUGUCUUUUCGCCGGAUGGGACACAAUUUGCAUCGGGCUCCUACGAUAACACUGCUAGGCUCUGGGACACGGCGUCGGGAGAGUGUACACAGAUAUUAAAGGGCCACAGCGAUUCAGUUCUAUUAGUUAUCUUCUCGCCGAACGGGACACAACUCGCCUCGGGUUCACACGAUACUACUGUCAAGCUCUGGGAUACGACAUCGGGAGAGUGUACACAGACGUUAAAGGGCCACUAUAAUACGGUCCAGUCAAUUAUCUUUUCACCGGACGGGAUACAACUCGCCUCGGGCUCAAACGAUACUACUGUCAGGCUCUGGGAUACGACGUCCGGAGAGUGCACACAGACGUUCGAGGGCCACAGCGGUUGGGUUACGUUAGUUGUCUUUUCGCCGGACGGGACACAAUUUAUAUCGGGCUCCUACGAUAAUACUGUUAAACUUUGGGACAUAACGUCGGGGGAAUAUACACAGCCGUUGAAGGGCCACAAUGGUGAAGUUACGUCAGUUAUCUUUUCGCCGAAUGGGACACAACUAGCAUCGGGCUCAUACGAUGCCACUGCCAGGCUCUGGGACACGGCGUCGGGAGAGUGUACGUAUACGUUAAAAGGCCACAACGAUGUAGUUAGGUCAGUUGUCUUUUCGCCGGAUGGGACACAACUCGCCUCGGGUUCACACGACAAGACUAUCAGGCUCUGGGACACGGCGUCAGGAGAGUGCACGCAGACGUUAGAGGGCCACAGCCAUUCGGUCAAGUCAGUUAUCUUUUCACCGGACGGGACACAACUCGCAUCGGGCUCAAACGACAAGACUAUCAGGCUCUGGGACACGGCGUCGGGAGAGUGUAUACAAACGCUCGAGGGCCACUACGAUUCGGUCAAGUCAGUUAUCUUUUCACCGGACGGGACACAACUUGCCUCGGGCUCACACGACGAGACUAUCAGGCUCUGGGACACGGCGUCGGGUGAGUGCACGCAGAUGUUAGAGGGCCACAGCCAUUCGGUCACGUCAGUUAUCUUUUCACCGGACGGGACACAACUCGCCUCGGGCUCACACGACGAGACUAUCAGGCUCUGGGACGCGGCCUCUGGAGAGUGUACGCGGAUAGUCGUGGAUUGUAGACGUCCGGUUGCGUCUACUAUCUUUUCACCCCCCGGUAGACAGUACGGUGUUAGCGUGGAUGGGGCUUGGGUUAUAAAAAAUAACCAGAAGGUGCUUUGGCUACCAUCGGACUGGCGACCUAUAAUAUCCUCUAUAUCGGGUCAGCGUAUUGGUAUUGGCUGUUCUUCAGGGAGAGUAUUUCUCCUUCUAUUCAAGGUAUAA